AUGGAGCAACACUGUUCCAACAUGCGUAUACAAUGUCCGGCGUUGACGGCCCCAACAAAUGGAAUUCGGACACCCGCGACCGGAGCGAACCUUUACCAGGACACGAUCACCUUCAGCUGUAACAACGGCUAUGUUCGGGUCGGGGAUUUUGACACCAGGUGCCAAGCUAACGGGCAGUGGUCCAAUCCCGUCCCAACAUGCACACCCAGGCAAUGUCCGGCGUUGACCCCUCCAGCAAACGGAGCACUGAGUUCCGCCGGGUCAUACUUCUACCCGAACCAGGUUACAGUCACCUGUAACUCGGGAUACCAAAGAAACGGAGUCUCUCCUGUGACGUGCCAAGCUGACGGAACAUGGAGCAACCCUGUCCCAACAUGCACACCCGUACAAUGUCCGGCGUUGAUUGCCCCAACUUACGGAGCGCUGAAUCCCCCGGCUGGACCAUACGUCUACCAAAACCAGGUUACAGUCACAUGUAACUCCGGAUACCAACUGAACGGAGUCUCUUCUCUAACGUGCCAAGCUGACGGAACUUGGAGCAACAAUGUUCCAACAUGCGAACCCAGACAAUGUCCGGUGUUGAAUGCUCCAACCAAUGGAGCACGGACGCCCCCUACCGGAUCUAACCUAUACCAGAACCAGGUCACGUUCACCUGCAACGCGGGAUACGACCUAGACGGAGUCUCUCCUGUGACGUGCCAAGCUGACGGAAUAUGGAGCAACCCUGUUCCAGUAUGCAGACCGAGGUGUCCGGCGUUGACGGCCCCAAAUAACGGUGCACGGACGCCCCCUACCGGACAGAACUCCUACCAGGACGUGAUCAGGUUCACCUGUAACUCUGGAUACGUACGGAACGGUGCUUUCGAUACGACAUGCCAAGCCGACGGAACAUGGAGCAACCCUGUUCCAACGUGCGAACGAAGACAAUGUCCGGAUUUGACGGCCCCAACUAACGGAGCGCUGAGUCCUCCAGCACCGCACAACUACCCUGCCACGGUUACGUUCACCUGUAACACGGGAUACGUACGGAACGGCGCUGAAACUACGACGUGCCAAGCUGACGGAUCAUGGAGCAACCCUACCCCAACAUGCAUACCCGGGCAAUGUUCAACUUUGACGGCCCCAACUAACGGAGCGCUGACUCCUCUCGGAGCGACGUCCCUCGGGAAUACAGUAACGUUCACCUGUAACUUGGGAUACCUACUGUACGGCGCAACUACAUCGACGUGCCAGGCUGGGGGAACAUGGAGUAAUCCUGUUCCAACAUGCACACCCGUAUCAUGCCCGGCGUUGACGGCCCCAACUAACGGAGCGCUGAAUCCCCCUGCUGGACCGUACGUCUACCAAAACCAGGUUACGGUCACCUGUAACUUGGGAUACGAUCUGGACGGAGUCUCUCCUGUGACGUGCCAAGCUGACGGAACUUGGAGCAACCCUGUUGGAACAUGCAGACGCAGAUGUCCCGCCUUGACAGCCCCAACUAACGGAGUACGGACACCCUCUACUGGAUCGAACUCCUUUGGGAAUACAGUAACGUUCACAUGUAACACGGGAUACGUACGGAACGGCGCUGCUGCCGUGACGUGCCAAGCUGACGGAACAUGGAGUAACCCUGUACCAACAUGCACACCCAGACCAUGUCAAGCAUUGACGGCCCCAACUAACGGAGCGCUGAGUCCUGCCGCUCCACACAACUUUCCCACCACGGUUCGGUUCACUUGUGACUCGGGAUACGUACGGAACGGCGCUCAAACUACGGUGUGCCAAACUGACGGAUCAUGGAGCAACCCUACUGCAACAUGCACACGCGGACAAUGUUCGGCGUUGACGGCCCCAACAAACGGAGCGCUGAGUCCUCUCGGAGCAACCUCCUCCGGGAAUACAGUAACGUUCACCUGUAACCCGGGAUACGUACGGAACGGCGCUGUAACCUCGACGUGCCAAGCUGACGGAACAUGGAGCAACCCAGUUCCAACUUGCCCACCCAGACAAUGUCCAAGGUUGACGGCCCCAUCUAAUGGAACGCUGAGUCCACCCGGACCAUACUCCUACACGAACACGGUAACAGUUACUUGUCAAGCGGGAUACCAACUGAACGGAGUCUCUCCUGUGACGUCGGAGACAGUGUACGAGGACGUCCGCACACCAGACAGGGCGGUGUCUCAGCGAUCCGGAACCGGAAGUGACGUUUACUCCUAUCCCAUGGCACCCUUGCACGCGCCUCCACUUCCGGUCCAACCAAGCGGCCAUUACCAGGAGCUGAGGCCAGCGGUGUACCAGAGUCUACAAAGGAACCAGCGUACAAUACCUCAAUCUCAGAGCGCCACUAUCUCACAUGAUUUUUCAAGGUAG